AUGUUCCUGAAUUCGUUCCUCAGCCGAGUGAAGCUCUGGUUUAAUCUCCUGGAUCCAUCGUCGCUGCUCUCCUCUGAUGCUGAAAUACAGAAGGCCCACUCUCUUCUUAGAAGUGGCGAGAACAGGGAAAAGGAUGCACCUGCACCGACCCUCGCUCUUUCGUCUGUCCACGCUGAUUCUGGAGCUGUUCUUCCUCUAGUUUUCCGGCCUCCAGCAUUUUUGCCAAUAUCAGCUCCUCUGGUGGUUGCCAGUUUUUUACCUCACAGCGGCGUCAAACCAGCUCUGUUCUGGCAGUUUUUGCUGCAGAGUUACAGCACUGGGUUCAACUAUGCAAACAGAAAUUCCUCAUCAGAGCAGGGUAAGACGACGUCUCUGAAGCAGCUUCUGUUGAUCGCUGGGACGGUCUCCUACACAGCGUGUGCAGGGGCUCUUCCUCAAAUUUUCAUCAACCGACUCAGAGUGAGGAGCGCACCAGUCCAGACUUUCCUCAGGUCGAUAUUACCGAUCCCACUCUCAGGUGAGUUAUUUAUCCUGAAAUUAGAAAACUAUUCUACACCUGCGAUAGUAAAUAAACGGGUCCAAACAUUAUGAAUUCACCCCGAGGCAAAAAACAAAAUGGCGUAUAAUUUAUUUUCCUUUUUAUUCUGUUGUUAGUAGAUUGUUCGUCUGUUCGUCCCAUUCUCGUGAUCCUGAUAUCUCGGUAUGCCUUGAGGGAAUCUCUUCAAAUUUGGUACAAAUGUUCACUUGGACUCAAGGAUGAACUGAUUAGAAUUUGGUGGUCAAAGGUCA